AUGAAGCAUUUCUUGUUUUUGCUACAAUCUGUGUUGGAGUCCGAAUUUAAUGUUUCGAUAACAAGCAAUGUCAGAGAUUUAGUAAGCGAAAUGAACCUGACAAAUAGAAUAAAUGAAGGGAAGACAGAUAAAAAAUCAAAUAAUGUUCAAGGCAAAACGUCACAUGAAAGAAAAUAUUAG